CCCCGCACCCCCAUGGGCUCCACGACGCAGCUCAUCCAGGGCAAGGCCCGCCCGCACUCCACGUGCGGGGGCCUCUGGAGCGUGGACGCCGCCCUGGCCGCCCUCACCCUGGCCGCGUCCCUCGGCAACCUGGUGCGCCUGCCGCGGCUGGUGCUGCAGUACGGAGGAGGCUCCUUCCUGGCCGUGUACUGCGCCGCGACGCUGCUGCUGGGCGUGCCGCUGGCGCUGCUCGAGGUGGGGCUGGGCCAGCUGUGCGAGCAGGGCGUGACGCGCGUGUGGCGCGCCGUGCCGCUCUUCACCGGCGUCGGCGUGGUCAAGGUGCUCGUGUCCGCGAUGCUGUCCGUGUACUGGCCCGUGUUCAUGGCGCUGUCACUCUUCUUCGCCGUCUGGACCGCCAAGGGCCCCGUGCCCUUCAGCGAGUGCCGCCACAGCAGUGGAACGGAAGGCUACCUUUUCUCGAGGACGUCUGGAGAAGCGUGCCUCAAGAAGACGUUCCUCAAGAGACCCGUGGAGGAGCCCAUGUGGUUCAGCGUGACGGCCACCUUCCUCUUCCUGCUGUGGACCAUCGCCCUGCUGUGUGUGUUCCGCGGCGCGCGAGGCUACCGCCGCGUCCUCGCCGUGCUGCUGGUGUCCCUGGUGGCGGGCAUGGUGGCCCUGCUGGUGGACAGCGCUCUCAUGCCCGGGGCGGACGCGGGGCUCGAGAUGCUCCUCAAGUUCGACUGGGACGUGCUGCUCAACGCGGAGACAUGGUAUUUUGCCACCGUGCAAAUAUUCUUCUCCACCCACAUUGGAUUUGGAAAUAUAGUGACUGGUGCUGGACGAUUUUAUUCUAAAAGCAACGCUGUGUGGACUGCCAUUGCUUUGGUUGUGUGCAGUUUGCUGGUUGGAGUCUUGUGGGUGGGGAUAGUUUUCCUCAGGCUGGGUCAAAUAGUGCAGCCAAGUCAGCUGCGGCAACUUGUAGCAUCAGACCUCCCCGAGACCUUGGUACUGACACUUCUUUACGAUGCAGCAGCGAGGGGUAACACUGACCUGAUCAUAGCUGCUGUAGGCUUCCUUGUUAUAGUCUGUGCAGGUUUUGCUUCUUUGGUGCCACUUUUAGAUACUGUAUUGUCAGCAAUUCAUGUGGAGUCCAAGCGACAUUGGGAAUGGUGGAAAACUGCCGCUGUUUGCUGCUUUAUAGGCUUUGUGCUUGGAGCUCUGUGUAUGAUACCUGAAUGGCUUUCAUUAAUUCAUGUGCUGGACCACUAUGUAGUUGGACGCCUGGCCUUGGCAUGCACAGUCACAGAACUUGUUGCAUUUGUUUGGAUUUAUGGCUGUGGGCCUCUCUACACUGACAUGGAGUUUGUUGUGGGAAGUAAGCUGGGCCCACUGUGGAAAAUAUUAUGGUGCCUGGCCCCACUCUACCUGUUGACCAUAGAAGCGUGGUCUGUGGUAGUGAUGCCAUGGGAUGGUCCUCCGGGCAGGCAUGACCCACCGUGGCAAGUGUUGCUGGGAUGGGGUUUGUAUUUUGCUGGGUGGGCCACAAUCUGUGUGACAGCUCUUCGACAAGUUUGCAUUCAGGUUGAUUACAACAUCUGCCAGAAAUUUUUGAGUGCAGUGAAGCCUUCAAGAAAUUGGGGUCCAGCAGACCCUAUAUACCGCCAUUGCUGGAUGCAGUGGAGAGAUGCCACUCCAGCCAACAAAAUGGAUCAAACAUUAAGAAGAAGGGGAACCCGAGACUAUACUCACUCAGUUCGAAUGGCAACUGCACCAGAUCCCCUCGCACAUUUUUCACAUUUAUCUCCAUCAAGAGGCUCUGGACCAUUUUUUAUCGAUAGUAAAACUGAUCUUGCAGAGCAUGUUUGCUGGCGUAAAGAAAUCCAUGAUAAACCAAUGCAUUGACACAGGAUCAUGCAGAUAGGUAAAUUAAUUGAGAUCCCUGAAAUGUUGAUAUUAAUUGAUAGUCUCAGAAAUAGAGGAGAAUUAAGUGCAAUUAAUAUAUUGUCUAGGAGCCUGGGCAAUGAUCAUAGUGCUCAAAGUCUUGGGCAACAAACGUAAUUUUUAAAAUUUUGAUGCAUGUUUUGAAAGAAGUUUUUUGUAACCUUUUUAUCAUGACCACUCUUUUGAAUUGAAAGGUUCAUUAAGAGCUUUGUUUAUUCUAAAUUUUGCACUUUUUUCUGCUCUUGUUAUGUGCUUGAGAAUUUUAAACCAAAGACAGUAUUUUGUGUAUAUUUUUGUAAAUAGAUAAAGGACAAAACCAUGACAUACCUAUUGAAGUGUACAUGCUGAAAAUAAAUGAGAGACUGGAACUAAACGAUUACCAUGCAUAAUUUGAUUUUUAUGGAUUAUUCUGGGGAUCUUCUAAUUUUUCUGAGGUGACACCAAGUGCUGCAGAUGAGAUGCAGAUAACACAUUUGAUGAAUUUCAACCCAAACCAGUUUGAGACUAAAUUAGUUUCUUGUCAUUCCCUGUUCUAGUCGGGAUUGUCUUUAACACCCAUGUAUUUGAAAACAAAACAAAACUCUCUUUCAACCUAUGAAAAUAUUAUAUAUUUCUCUAAAUUAAGUUAGUUUAUUAAUGGAGAUGUGAUCAAACAUGGGACUUUAUUUCUGUCCCAAUGAAGCGCUCAGUGUAUUUUAAGUUGUUCUGGCGUAAGUGCCUGGUGUCAAUGGUAAAAAUAAGUUCUGUAAGACUGCUAUGACAGGAUGUGAUGGUCAUUGUUUUUAAUACUGACCACUAAGCAACAAAUGUGCCAUGAGCUGAAGAAAAUAACAUCAUUCUUAGAUCUGUAUUGUUAUCAGAAACAAAAAAAUCUUCUAGGCUUUAUCAAUGUGAAUCAUCACAUCAAUAAUCGAGUAAACUAAGUCAAUGCAAAACUUUUUGGUGCUAGGAGAUUGCCUUGUGUGAACACUUCAAUUAAGACAUGUCAGAGUCAGUUGAAAGUCAUAUUGACUGAUAUGUUCCCAAUGGUUAGUUAAUUUGUUAGUUUGUGAAUUAUGACAAAAAAGACUAUUUAAGCUAUGUAAGAUUAAGCCUGUACCAGAAACUGUAAAUACAACAAUAAAAGAUUUAAAUAGA